CUCAAUUUAAUCCCGAAAACACAAAUAAAAAGCCGUCUUUUUUCCUCUCUGCUUCUCCGUCGAGUCUCCCGGAGAUUUCAAUCGCCUCAAAUCGAAGAAUCGCCGUUAGAGCUGAAUCAAGAUGGUUUACAUCGCUUCAUGGGACGAAUUCGUUGAUCGAUCUGUUCAGAUUUUUCGAGCUGAUCCCGAAUCUACUCGGUAUGUGAUGAAGUAUAGACACUGUGACGGAAAGUUAGUUCUCAAGGUUACUGAUAACAAAGAGUGUCUCAAGUUCAAGACAGACCAAGCACAAGAAGCGAAGAAGAUGGAGAAACUGAAUAACAUAUUUUUCACCCUCAUGGCCAGAGGACCUGAUGUCGAUCUCUCUGAAGUCACCGGGAAAGAACAGAUGGAGACACAGCCUGCCAAGAAAGGAAGAGGAAGGAAGCAAUAAGUCUCAUGAAUAUGUUUUUGGUUUUUCUUUGUAUCAAGAUUUUGAUCCAUUUUUGUUUGAUAUUUUGAGAUGGGUUUGUGAAAUUGUGAUGGUAGGGUUGCCAAGUUUUGUUAAAAAAACUUGCGACUUUUGACUCUUUGAUCGAUUAAUCAGUAUUGGAUUAACCUAAACUCAAAA